ACUCGAUGCUAUAUCCUCCACUAAGAAGACACAUGGUCGUGGCAUGAGUGGAGAAAUCGUACAGCACUCGAUACAGGACGAGGUACCGCUUGGCAGAGGGGCGAUCCCUGACCUCUUGAAGUUGAUACCAGCUAUCCUCGUGCUUCGGUAACAUGCAUCAAUCCGGUGACAGCCUGUCGCGCCGCAAUGAUUCAUGUGUGUGGCCAUGGGGUGUGCUUUUCCUUUGCGUCCACACUCCUAGUAUGCAUCUCGCGCGUCAAUCCUGUAUUGUUGUAUUACCUAAUUCGUUCAUGUAUGUUGAUUUUCAGACGCAGUGUCAAGUGUUGUCUCACUGUGUCAAGCACCCGGUCAACUCUCUAUACUACUCCGCACCACCACGUCAAGCCCCAACCAUGGCAUGUCAAAAGCCUCGUUUGGGCUGGGUCAAGCACCACUCACACCACGACAAGUUCUCCCAAACAUCUUCGCAGUCUCUGUACUAAUAUCAACAUCCACACUCCAUGCCGCGUCAAGACCUACUAUCAGUGCCGCGUCAACCAUAGCACAUACCGCGUCAGUGCCAUGUCACAUGGUCACGCAGCGUCACGGCCGCGUCACGACCGCGUGAAAAUAGCUACGCCCGGAGCCCCUGCCCCACCAACUUAACAGUACUUAUCUCCGGAGAAGGUUACGCGCGUGCUAGUCCUUGCGGCGGCACACAGUAGUAUCACGUGCAUAGCUUAAUCUAAGCUUCAAGCCUGAAUAGGCUUCCGCUCGAUAUUUGCAUCAUCGCGAUGGUGUUCUAUCAUUCACUCCCGCCCAUUCAGGUACUUAGGUCCAAGUAGUGCUCACAGUCUUAUUCC